AGCGGCGGUGGCCCGGCGGGGGGCGGCGAGUGGCCCGCGCGACACGCGCCGGCCCGGACCUUAUGCUGUGACUCGCGCGGCGCAGGCGCCUCCUGCCCCGCCGGCGGGGCUCGGGUUUCCCGCGGCGGGAUGUUCUCCCGAAGGAGCCACGGGGAUGUGAAGAAGUCCACCCAGAAGGUGCUGGACCCCAAGAAGGACGUGCUGACCCGCCUGAAGCACCUGCGGGCGCUGCUGGAUAAUGUGGAUGCAAGUGAUCUUAAGCAGUUUUUUGAGACCAACUAUUCUCAGAUAUAUUUCAUCUUCUAUGAAAAUUUUAUAACACUGGAAAAUAGUUUGAAAUUAAAAGGGAAUAAUAAGUCACAAAGGGAGGAGCUGGACUCCAUCCUCUUUCUUUUUGAAAAAAUACUGCAGUUUCUACCUGAACGAAUUUUCUUUCGAUGGCAUUACCAGAGUAUAGGCUCAACUUUAAAGAAGCUUCUACACACUGGAAAUUCUAUUAAGAUAAGAUGUGAAGGGAUCAGGCUGUUUCUUCUGUGGCUUCAAGCACUUCAGACAAACUGUGCAGAAGAGCAGGUGCUGAUUUUUGCUUGCCUUGUGCCUGGUUUCCCAGCAAUCAUGUCAUCCAGAGGGCCCUGUACGCUGGAGACACUCAUCAGUCCUAGCCCUAGUGGAGCUGAUGCAAAGGUAUAUCCAGAAGAAAUCACUCCACUCCUACCAGCCAUAUCGGGGGAAAAGAUUGCUGAGGACCAAACAUGCUUUUUUCUUCAAAUACUAUUGAAAUAUAUGGUUAUUCAGGCUGCAAGCUUGGAGUGGAAGAAUAAGGAGAAUCAAGAUACUGGUUUUACAUUUCUUUUUACAUUGUUUCGAAAAUAUUAUCUUCCUCAUUUAUUUCCAACAUUUACUAAGUUAACAAACAUCUACAAACCUGUACUUGACAUCCCCCAUAUGAGACCAAAGCCAGUGUACAUUACUACAACUCGAGACAAUGAAAACAUUUACAGUACAAAAAUUCCAUACAUGGCAGCUCGCGUUGUUUUUAUUAAGUGGAUUGUCACUUUCUUUUUGGAAAAAAAGUAUUUAACUACAACACAAAACACUAAAAAUGGAGUUGAUGUGUUGCCCAAAAUCAUACAGACUGUUGGUGGUGGUGCAGGGCAAGAGAGAGCACCAGAGCUGGAUGGCAGUGGGCCCACAGAGCAGGACAGAAACCAUUCCAACAGCAGCACCUUGUCUGACCGAAGACUCAGCAACUCCAGCCUUUGUAGCAUUGAAGAAGAGCACCGCACAGUGUAUGAAAUGGUGCAGCGGAUUCUCUUGUCAACACGAGGUUAUGUCAACUUUGUGAACGAAGUCUUUCGCCAGGCAUUCUUGUUGCCUUCCUGUGACAUAGCUGUAACAAGGAAGGUAGUUCAAGUGUACCGAAAGUGGAUACUCCAGGACAAACCUGUGUUCAUGGAAGAACCAGAUAAAAAAGACGUUGCCCAAGAAGAUGCUGAGAAACUAGGAUUUUUAGAGACUGACAGCAAAGAGACCUUGUCGGAAAGUUCCCGUCAUAAGCGCUCUUCUAGUUGGGGACGCACAUACUCCUUCUCGAGUGCAGUGAGCAGAGGCUGUGUGACAGAAGAGGAAGAUAAGAACGUGAAAGCCGGGGCCCAGGCUAUGCUGCAGGUAUUUUUGACAAAUGCUGCAAAUGUCUUUUUGCUGGAACCAUGUGCUGAGGUUCCCAUGCUCUUGAAAGAACAAGUCGAUGCCUGUAAAGCUGUUUUGAUUAUUUUUAGGCGUAUGAUAAUGGAGCUUACAAUGAAUAAAAAGACAUGGGAACAGAUGUUGCAAAUACUACUCAGGAUAACAGAAGCUGUCAUGCAGAAGCCAAAGGAUAAACAAAUAAAGGACUUGUUUGCCCAGAGCUUGGCAGGGUUACUGUUUAGGACGCUCAUGGUGGCGUGGAUCCGAGCAAACCUCUGUGUAUACAUUUCUCGAGAGCUCUGGGAUGACUUUCUUGGCGUGCUGUCCUCCCUCACGGAAUGGGAGGAGCUCAUAACUGAGUGGGCCAACAUCAUGGACUCGUUGACAGCAGUGCUCGCGAGAACUGUUUAUGGAGUUGAGAUGACAAACCUACCUCUGGACAAAUUAAGUGAACAAAAGGAAAAGAAGCAGCGAGGCAAAGGUUGUGUUCUAGAUUCUCAGAAAGGAACCACUGUGGGGAGAUCCUUUUCUCUCAGCUGGCGGAGCCACCCAGAUGUGACUGAACCAAUGCGAUCUAGGAGUGCCACCACAUCUGGGGCACCAGGAGUUGAGAAGGCAAGAAAUAUUGUUCGCCAAAAAGCAACCGCUAAGCGAAGCCAGUCUAUCAGCAACUGUGUCCACCUCUCUGAGGCUUUGCCUGCCACUAAAAGCGUCCCGCUCCUCCUUCACACCGUGAGCGCUCUCUUACCUGGUCUCUCUUACUCCUCUUGCUCUCACAGGCUGUCAGAAGUGGAAGAAUGUCAGCAAUCAGAAAAUGCACCUGCCAUGGAAUCUGGCUGCCUGGGGGCGGAGCAGCACAUCAUUCGUAGCAGCAGCACACCUGACGUCACUGAGCCGCCCCGCCCAGAUUCCUCUCAGGGUCAAAAGGUAGAAAAUAUACAGACUUUGAGUUCUGCAGAGUCCAAGCCUAUUCAAGAAAAUAAAGGAUAUGUGAAGAAGGAACAUGAAGGAAUAACAAUCUUAGUCAGAAGAAGCAGCAGCCCUGCUGAAUUGGAUUUAAAAGAUGAUUUGCAGCAGACACAAGGAAAAUACUUCGGUUCUUCUGUUGUGCCAGGUGAAAGUGUCAGCAGUGACACAGCUCUGGGCUAUAACAAUGAGGCAGAGCUGUCCAUGAGCCCAUGGCCAACCUGUGACGAGGACCCGGAACUGAGCACUCCCACAGAUGUUGUGACUGACUCUGAUGCCCGCCACUGGUUACAACUGAGUCCCACUGAUGCUUCAAACUUAACAGAUAGCAGUGAGUGCCUUGCAGAUGACUGCAGUAUAAUUGCUGGAGGGAACCUUACCGGUUGGCACCCAGACUCUGCCGCUGUGUUAUGGCGAAGAGUCCUGGGAAUCCUCGGGGAUGUGAAUAAUAUCCAGUCCCCCAAGAUUCAUGCCAAAGUUUUUGGCCAUCUCUAUGAACUCUGGUACAAGCUAGCAAAGAUACGGGAUAAUCUGGCAAUAAGCCUGGAUAACCAGUCUUCUCCGUCUCCACCGGUGCUGAUCCCACCACUCAGAAUGUUUGCAUCAUGGCUAUUUAAGGCGACGACAUUGCCAAACGAAUAUAAGGAAGGCAAACUGCAAGCCUACAGACUGAUCUGCGCCAUGAUGACCAGACGCCAGGACGUUCUGCCAAACAGGGACUUCCUAGUGCAUUUUUACCUUGUGAUGCACCUGGGAUUAACCAGUGAGGAUCAGGAUAUCUUAAAUACCAUUAUAAGGCACUGUCCACCCCGCUUCUUCUCCCUGGGUUUGCCUGGCUUCUCAAUGCUGGUGGGGGACUUCAUCACGGCUGCUGCUAGGGUCCUCAGUACAGACACGCCGGCGGCACCUCAUUCAGAAGCUCUCACCAUUCUUGGUUCUCUUGUCUGCUUUCCAAACACCUACCGGGAGAUCCCUUUGCUGCAGUCUGUGCCAGAAGUCAGUGAAGUCAUCACAGGAACCGAAGACGUCAAGCAUUACCUCAUAAAUAUUUUACUGAAGAAUGCCACAGAGGAACCAAAUGAAUGUGCAAGAUGCAUCGCCAUUUGCUCCCUCGGGGUCUGGAUAUGCGAAGAGCUUGCCCAGUGUACGAGCCAUCCUCAGCUGAAAGAGGCCAUCAAUGUGAUAGGUGUCACUUUGAAGUUUCCUAACAAAGUCGUGGCUCAGGUGGCCUGUGAUGUUCUUCAGUUGCUGGUUUCCUACUGGGAAAAGCUUCAGAUGUUUGAAACCUCUCUGCCUCGGAAAAUUUCAGAAAUCCUUGUGGCCACAAUUGCUUUUCUUUUACCAAGUGCAGAGUACUCCUCAGUGGAAACAGAUAAGAAGUUUAUUGUAUCCUUGCUACUCUGCCUCUUGGACUGGUGCAUGGCGUUGCCAGUGAACACCCUUCUCCACCCAGUGUCCACAGUAGCCCUGGAGGAGCAGCACUCGUGCAGAGCCCCUUUGCUGGAUUAUAUCUAUAGGGUUCUGCACUGCUGUGUGUGUGGCUCAAGCACAUAUACUCAACAGAGUCACUACACACUGACCCUGGCCGACCUGUCAUCCCCGGAUUAUGACCCCUUCCUGCCACUGGCAAAUGUGAAGAAUUCGGAGCCAGUCCAAUAUCAUUCAUCAGCAGAUUUGGGCAACCUGCUCACAGUGGAAGAGGAGCGGAAGAGGAGGAGUUUGGAGUUGAUCCCUCUGACCGCCCGCAUGGUGAUGGCCCACCUGGUGAACCACCUGGGGCACUUCCCACUCCGUGGGGGUCCUGCCGUGCUGCACAGUCUGGUCAGUGAGAACCAUGACAAUGUACACGCCGAGGCUCCCGAGCUGUCCUCUGAGGUGUUCCGGAGCCCAAACCUGCAGCUCUUUGUGCUGAAUGACAGCACCCUCAUCUCCUACCUUCAGACACCCGCAGAAGGGCCAGCAAGUGGCUCGCCGGGGGGCGCCUUGUCCGAUGUCAGAGUAAUUGUGCGGGAUAUCUCAGGGAAGUACUCUUGGGAUGGAAAGGUUUUAUACGGACCUUUGGAAGGCUGCUUAGCAUCCAGCAGCAGAAAUCCUGCAUUUCUGAUUUCCGGCUGGCAUCCUCAAGCUUUGGGAGCUCAGAAAGAUUUUUCUCAAACUGAGGAGGGAGAAGAUGUGCUUGACAAAUUACUUGAAAACAUUGGCCACACGAGUCCCGAAUGCCUUCUACCAUCACAGCUAAAUCUAAAUGAGCCUUCCCCACCCCCACGAGGAAUGACCCGUGACCAAGAGAAGGAAAUCAUCGAGGUCAUUUUGCGCCAGAACGCCCAAGAAGAUGACUACAUCCAGAGGUGUAACUCUGACUCAGCCAUGAAAGUCACCAGCCAGGAGCAGCCCUCACCAGUGGAGCCACGAGGACCCUUUUAUUUCUGCAGGUUGUUGCUCGAUGACUUGGGGAUGAAUUCUUGGGACAGAAGAAAGAAUUUCCAUCUGUUGAAGAAAAAUUCAAAACUAUUGAGAGAGCUAAAAAAUCUGGACUCCCGUCAGUGCCGUGAAACACACAAAAUUGCAGUGUUUUACAUUGCUGAAGGUCAAGAAGACAAGUGUUCUAUCCUCUCCAAUGUAAGAGGAAGCCAAGCAUAUGAAGACUUUGUUGCUGGACUUGGAUGGGAGGUGGAUCUCUCAACCCACUGUGGGUUCAUGGGUGGACUUCAGCGCAACGGCAGCACGGGGCAGACUGCCCCUUACUAUGCUACCUCGACUGUGGAAGUGAUUUUCCACGUUUCAACUCGGAUGCCAUCAGACUCAGAUGAUUCACUCACCAAAAAGCUUCGUCACUUGGGGAAUGACGAGGUCCACAUCGUCUGGUCUGAACACUUCAGGGACUACCGCAGGGGCAUUAUCCCGACUGCCUUUGGAGACGUUUCAAUCAUUAUUUACCCAGUGAAGAAUCACAUGUUCUUUAUCGCGAUCACGAAGAAACCCGAGGUUCCAUUUUUUGGGCCUCUGUUUGAUGGAGCCAUAGUGAGUGGAAAGCUAUUGCCAAGCCUUAUAUGUGCCACGUGCAUCAAUGCCAGCAGGGCUGUGAAGUGCCUCAUCCCACUCUACCAGAGCUUUUACGAAGAGAGAGCUCUGUACCUCGAAGCAAUAAUUCAGAACCACCGAGAAGUAAUGACGUUUGAGGAUUUCGCGGCCCAAGUCUUUUCUCCCUCGCCCAGCCCCUCCCUCGGCGGAACGGAUUAAAAUACGUAAAGGUCUCAUUGCCACGUUUGAGCAAGGGCCCUGGCCACCAGCCCUAGUGCCUACCUCACGGCGCCUUUUGGCAAGGAGGAGAUGAAUGAGACUUCCCUCUUUCCCGACCCCAGAACCCCAAACCCAGAGACUCCAGGAAACAUCACUGCUCUGCUAGUGCCCUCCACACAUCUUCCCAUUGACGGACUUCCGAAGUUGAAGGUGAACCCCCCAAGAUGUUGAGGGUUGGACUUUCUCACUCGGCUGUGUCAUCUUGCUUUAGGACCUCACGAAACUUGGGCUUCAAACAAGAAAAAGGGAAAGUCACCAACAACCAGAGACAAACCCAUGCUUGUGGGCAUUGGUGUGGCUGCUCCAGGGCAGGGACAGCAGGAGACGAUGCUGGGUGUUCAGGGAAGGGGUGGGGGGUAGCUGGUUUCUGUACUCCGAGUUGUUUCCUCUCAUUUAUAAACCCAAGCAUGAUUCACAGAAGGGCCAGCAAAAUAGCUGUCAAACAGGAAUUUUUUCCACAUUGAUUUCGCUAGUGCUGAUGUUAGGAUUUAUGGUUUACUCAAAAAUUUCAUCAUCAUGGAAAUUGGCUUUCCCUAGGGUCUUUUGCCCAGGAGAAGUUUUAUAUGAGUCGCUGAGUGUUUUCCACCUGGUGCCUAAUGCCCACUAACUGGGGAGAGGUUUUCCCAAGCAUCCUCCUGGAGGUCCUCAAAUGACUCUAGAAACAGGGUCCUGUCCCUGUGAAAGCUCCUUAAGGUCAGGAAGCUUCAAGGGCCCAGCUCAGGAUAGCACUAAGUUGACACACAGGGAAUGCACCCAUGCGGGCACUCGACUGAGACGGGCACCCCCUACGGUGUCCCUCUGCCUCCAGAAACUUCGCCCUGCAGUUGUGCUCUCCUGCCUGCUGCUGAGAGAGAGCCAUGGCACAAUGGGUGCUUUCUACACAUUUGGCUCCAAGGAAGGCAUGUUGAGCCUGUUUAAGAAAAAAAAAAAAAAAGAAAAGAAAAGAAAAACCUAACCUUCUAUCUGCACUCUCCCAGCAUCCUUGCUGGGGGUUUGAGGGUGUCAGUGACAGAAAAAUCAGUCAGUUCGGAAGACCUCUUCAGCCCUCUGCCUCUCUCCUAGGCCUGCAGCCUGCUCCAGAGUAAGCCUGGGACUCAGAACUGGGGGCAGCAGCCACUGAGGCCCAGAGAAGGAUCAGCCAUGCGAGGGUGCUUCCCCACCUCCCUUGACUCUCUACUUCUCUGCUCUUGUGCCCACUUUGUUACCCUCAGUGGCUGUGGUCACCUUCCUGGGGAGUCCUCUGAGCCCCCUCACUCCAUCAGAGUGGCUGUUUUCACUGACCAGUCAGUUCUGUCCGUCAGCCAUCGGCUUGGUUUGGCUAGUACCUGACCAUUGCAGGAGAAACAAGCAGGUCCCAGGAACCAGACUUGCUUCUGGGACAAUGGGGAAAGAUUAAGAAGUUCCUACUCAAAGGAUAGACCUUCUAAUUCUAGAGAGAAUUUGUUUUUCAGCUUUGUAGAAAGCCUCAGGUAGGGCAUGAGGUCCAGGCCCACAGACAGAAGCAGCUUGGAUAUCACCCGAACCUGAGAGAAACAGAAGUAAGCCUCAAUCACUUUGGGCUGUUCUAUAAACCCGUCCAGUUGGUUCACUCACUGGGGCUUAAUGACACUGUUAAGGGUGACUGGAAGUGCUGCCAUUUUCUGUUGUGUGGGCAAAUGCCACGAUUCUUAUCUUUCCCACUCCUGCCCCACCCCCACCCCCACCUGUAUAAUGAUUUGGGCUUUCUGGGAUGUCCCCAGUGGCUCAGACUCAAGAUUUGUUGAGUCUGCUUUGUUGCAUAUUUACCGAGUGCCCAGACCUACUUCCUGCAGGGAAGGGCAUCACAUGUUCCUGGGCUCCAGAGUCCCAGUUAGGCUCUGAUGGCAAGUAGUUUCUGGGAGAACAUGUCAUUUCCAGGCUCUAGAAACCCCUGUGGCAGAAUUCUCAGAUUUAGUUGAAGUGUCAGGACUUGGAAGUCACGUUGAACUCCCAUGGACUUCUGCUCCAGGAUUCCAUCUUACCUCCCGGAAUCAGUCCUCCUAACCUGCAAAUUGGGAAAUUCAGUUGUAGGCAGCAAAUAACUAGACUUCUUGUAAGCCCUACUGAUUUUAACAUCCCCGUGACCCCAGACUCCAACCCGCCACUUGGGGACUGGAGCUUCAUCUGAACCCACUGUUGUCAGCAGCAGCCUUGGUCUGGAAGAGGGGACCAGGGAAUCUAGCAACCACGUUUGCUUACAAUCACGUGGACUUGAAUUGCUUUUGUUAUUUGGGGUGGAAAAUUGGAAUGAUCAAGUUCCUUUUUUUUUUUUUUUCACUUAGAAAAGCAAAUAUUGUGCUUUUGUAAUAAAUGCCUUUCAGCAAAAUUGUGGGGGGUCACUCAUCCAGCGGGGACCCACCUGAGUCACAACGCUGACUCUUCACAUUAGCAGGCCAGCCAUCUGUACUUGAAAGUAGCCCUAAUCAGCCCAAAAUGGAUAAGAUUUGCUGGCUUCCAGGCAGGGCCAGGCCAGUCCCCUCACUUCUCUGCACACUGAUUUCUGUCCAAAGCAAAGUUGAUGUUCCACAGUCUCACUAAGGUUUUUGUACUUUAAAAAAACAAAAUGAUGACUUUUUAAAAAUAGUUAAAUCUUAAGUAGACCAUAGUGAGGAAGUCUAGCUUGGGUGACUGUCACAGGGUCUCCAUGCAGUGAAGCCUGCAGCUGCUAAGAGCCACGGGGAGGGACGGGACUUAAGCCUUGACUUCAUAAGAGGGGCUGACUGAUCAGACCCUCAGCCUUACAAACAAGAGAUCAUGCGGAUCCGUAGACAAUGCAAAUCACGUCUUCCUGACCUUCCUCCCAGUGUGGCCACCUGCGCUUCACUUCCUGUUACAUUUAUGUCAUCUGGGGGUUUGAGGGAUCUUUAAAACGUACUGUGAUGUCUUACAUGUAAGUGCGUUAUGUCUAGAUCUACUGAAGGAGAAUGUCCACAUCAGGAGGGAAGUUCACCAUGAAACAACCAUCGUUCUAGUUGUGCUCAGUAUCUAUGUAUGACAUACACAUGAAGUGAAUGUUUUCUUAUGGUUUCAGGUCUACAACAUUUAGUACAUGUAAAUAAGAAAAAAAAUUGAUAAAUAUAGUAAAUUAAGUUAUAAUAUGUCAUUUGAUUUAAUUUUGCUAUCUCAUAUUUAAUUUGCCCAAUGCCCCACAUCUGGGUUUAUGCCUAGGUGGUAUAGACCCCUACGUACAACCCACCUUUGCAGACACGUGUGUGCUACACCCAGAAAAGCACACAACUCCACUGAUGACCACCACUCGACUCUCCAGUUUACCCUCUUUUUGUCUUUAAUUCUGAUUUACUGUGAUGAUUUAAUAAAGUAGAAACACAAUACUUA